AUUGAUUGAUUGAUUAAGUGUAUUGUUGAAGAAUAAAAAUGGCUGAAAAAGUUGGAGGAGGAACCCCCUAUGCCGAGGCCGUCCUAGAGGAACGUAGACGCGUAAUCAGAAAUGCGCUGAAGCAUGAAUUUAUUCAGAAACGUUAUCACCCAAAGGCUGCUGAGCACGGUGGAGUUGUUUUUGAUGCUGCUCUCCAGAGAUGGAAUGCUUUGCAGUUCUCAUACGGAGAGCAUUUCAAACCUUCCAUUCGGAACUUUGCAAAGUUUUUCUCCAUCUCCAUUCUCCCCAUAGCCACCUUCUACUACUUCACUUUCGGACCCAGGAAGCAGGAAUGGCUGAAGUCCAUUAGUCAAGGAGAAGUACCAAUUGAUCACCCAACCAGGAAGGCCGUAUACAUCACCUGGUUGUAACUCUCAGAUCCUAUACUAUAGACCUCUAGCGGAAGCAAUUUAAAACUUUAGUUGGAAAUAUUCCCACUAGGAUCUUCAGCUUAAAGAUAUUUAGUCAGUACAUAGUGUUAAUUCUUCAGA